AUGCCGUGGCCGCCCCCCCCGCGGCUGCCGGAGUCCCCCUUCCCCAACCCGGCGCUGGCCGCGCUGGCCGCGGUGGCCGGGGGGCUGCUGGCCCCGGCUUGGUGGGCGCUGGACCGGCUGCUGGCCCUGCGUCCCACCACGGCGCAGCGGGCGCGGUGGCGUCGCGCCCCGGGCGGGCGCUUUUGGGGAGUGGGCGCCCGGGUGCUGGCGGGGCUGGCGCUGGUGCCGGCGCUGCUGCUGUCGCUGCCCCUGGGCGCGCUGGGCCUGCUGCUGUGGCUCCCGGCCCAGGCCGCCCGCCGGCCCCUGGUGCUCCAGCACGCGGCCGGCACCGCGCCCGCGCCGCCCUGGGACCCGCGGAGCCGCCGCUCCUUCACCUUCCUCAGCGCCAACCUGUGCCUGCUGCCCAGCGGCCUGGCCCGCUUCAGCAACCUGGGCCGCACGCGGCAACGCGCCCGGCGCAUCGCCCGGCUCCUCGCGCCCGGGGCGCCGGAGGAACCUUCCGGAGACCGCGACGGGCUGCUGGGGCCGCGGCGCGGGGAGGCCGGAGGCUACGGGGGCACGGCGUGGCUGCGGCGCGGGCCCGGCACCGAGGCGGCGCGGGAGGUGCCGGCGGAGGAUCCGGUGAUGGCGGCCCAUCCAGCGUCGGGGCUGGAGAUGCCGGAGGCCAAUCCGUCACCCGUGGCCAACCCAGUGCCGAUGACCAACACGAUGCCAUGGCUGGAGAUGGCGGCGGCCAACCCAUCACCGACGGCCAACCCAUCACCGACGGCCAACCCGUCACCGAUGGCCAACCCGUCACCGAUGGCCAACCGAUCACCGACGGCCAACCCAUCACCGAUGACCAAUCCAUCACCGGCAGACGACUCGGUACCAACGCUGGUGGUGCCGCCGUCCAGCCCAACGCCGGGACCUGCCCCGCCCGCAGCGUCCACCCCGGUCCCGGGGAUGCCGACGUCGGUCCCGGGGAUGCCGACGUCGGCCCCGGCGCCGUCGGUGCUCUCGGACCACAUCCCGCCGGACGCGGACUUCGUGUGCCUGCAGGAGGUGUUCGACGGCGCCGCGGCCGCGCUCCUGCGCCGGCGCCUGGGCCGCAGGUUCCCCUUCGUGCUGUGGGGGGUGGGCCCGGGGGGGCUGCGGCGGCGGCGGCUGCGGGUGCUGGGCAGCGGGCUCGUCCUGGGCAGCCGCUUCCCGCUGCUGGCCGCCCGCUUCCACCCCUUCCCCAACGGCGCCCGCGAGGACGCGCUGGCCAACAAGGGGCUGCUGGUGGCCCAGGUGCUGUUGGGGUCGGCGCGGGGGCGGCGCCUCGUGGGGUUCAUCGGCUGCACCCACCUGCAGGCGCCGGCGUGUGAGUGGGGGGACAUCGGGGGGGGGCCUGGG